UUAUUUUUUUCUGAAAAAUUCGAAACUAAUAAACAACAACAGAACACGUGCAAAAUGUCAGAAGAAAAACAAACUGAAACAGAAGAAGAGUUUCUGCCUGGUUUCGACACUCUAACGAACUACACACAGCAAGCACUAAAGACAGCUUUACAAGCCACCAAGUGUUCCAAUGAUUUACCAGCAACAGGCGAUGACUUUGAUUAUUACUCCAGCUAUCAAGGUGUCAGAGAAGUAUUGGAUAUUGAAGGCAACAGGAUUCUUAAUAUAAUCCAGAGUAUUCUGAAGUAUCAAAGUGUAAAGGGGAAUCUGACGGGUAAUAGCAGUGCUGUUGACCUUGAAGAUAAGUUUGAUGUACUCAUUGAUGCUAAUGACCAAAUACUGGAAAGAGUGGGAGGCUGGCUAGAUGAAGCAUCAGGAAUCAAAAAGAAAGAAACAACAUUAGUUGUAGCAUCAGCUACCCCAAAACAUAAUGCCACAGCUAGUUGGAAUAAAAAGUCUUCACCUGGGCAGGGAAGUAAUUUGUCCAGUUACAGAUUAUUGACAGCACGAAAUAUACAGCGACCUCAGAUGAGAUUUAAAGACAAAAUUGAUAAUGUGAAUAGACCUUUUGUUCCCUGUAUUCGAUUUAAACCAAAUGCUAUGAAGACAUUAGAAGAAAGCUUACAAUUACCUGAGGAUAUCACACCAGAAAUGACAGAAAAUCCAGCAUUUCAGUAUCCCCAUCCAUAUCAACAUGAACUUGCCCAUCUGAAGCCUUUACAGAAAUCUCUCAACGUGUCAUCACCUAUGGACCCCAAGCCUCUAGGUGAAACAGAAUGUAUGAUAGUUACACAGCUUGAAGAACUUAAAGAUUUGUGUAACACACUGAUGACACAAGAAGAAAUAGCCAUUGACUUAGAGCACCAUUCUUACAGAUCAUUUCAAGGAUUGACGUGUUUAAUGCAGAUCUCUACCAGAACCAAUGACUAUAUUAUUGAUACAUUAGAACUUAGGAAUGAACUACAUUUACUAAAUGUAGUUUUUACAGAUCCCUCUAUAUUAAAGGUGUUACAUGGUGCAGAUAUGGACAUUGGCUGGUUGCAAAGAGAUUUGGGGUUGUAUAUUAUCAACAUGUUUGAUACAGGACAGGCUGCUAGAGUGUUGAAUAUGGCAAGGCAUUCCCUGGCACAUUUGUUACAGGUCUAUUGUCAGGUAGAGGCAGAUAAACAGUAUCAGUUGGCUGAUUGGAGAAUAAGACCGCUCCCUGAAGAAUUAAUCAAGUAUGCAAGAGAAGACACCCACUAUUUACUGUAUAUCUAUGACAAGAUGAGAAAUGAAUUAAUUGAGAGAGGAAAUGAACAGAAUAAUCUUCUCCAUUCUGUUAUACAGAAGAGUACUAGAGUCUGUUCACAGGUGUACAGAAAACCUAUAUACACAGAUGGUUUAUACAUGGAAUUAUACAAGAAGAGUAAGAAAGUGUUCAACUCCAGACAAUUAGCUGCAUUAAAAAACUUAUAUUCCUGGCGAGACAGAAUAGCCAGAGUGGAGGAUGAAAGUAUAGGUUAUGUAUUACCAAAUCACAUGUUAUUACAAAUAAGUGAAAUAUUACCAAGAGAGAGACAAGGUGUUCUAGCUUGCUGUAAUCCUAUACCUCCACUGGUCAGACAGUAUCUGAUAGAAAUACACAAUAUUAUAAUGGAGGCCAGAGAAGUACCACUUACUACAGUCUCCACCCCUAAAAUCAAGGAACCGAGUAUGUACAAACAUCCCAAAUAUAACCCUGACAGUCUGUUAAACUGUACACAUGAUAUGUCAUACCAACAGAAGUAUCAAGAUCUGGGGAACACACCAUGUUUACUGGUCUUAACAAUUAACAUUAACAAAUAUAACCCUGACAGUCUGUUAAACUGUACACAUGAUAUGUCAUACCAACAGAAGUAUCAGGAUCUGGGGAACACACCAUGUUUACUGGAUCCUACGUUAAUGAAAGAAAAUCCAACCAUGUUUGGAAAUAGUAAAGAAAAUAUUACUAUACUUAAGAAAAAACCCUUAUUGACAGUGUUUGAAAAUCAUUCACCUAAAGAGUUUACAAGAGCACAGAGAAUGGCAGCAGCAAUAACAGCCACCUUUGUUAGUCCAAUUUCACAGUAUCUUCCAGAAACUAAAGAUGGUAAACAUGAGCAGGUGUUUAAUAACUGGAUGUUAAUGAAGCACACAGCAGUGAAGAGAAAAGAAACACCUCCUACUCCAGCAACAGCAUCAGGACCACCUGCAGCUAAACGACAAAAGGUUGAAGUUAAAGAUACUGGAGAUUUGUUACAACCGUUUGGAAAGCUCAAAAGUGGUCAUGGAAGAAUACUUGGCAAAGAUACAGAUAUUGAGACAAGCAGAAAGAAGAAAAAGAAGAGGAAAAUGGAAGAAGAAGGAGAAUUACAAUUAGAGGAAGAGGAGGAGGAGGAGCCUGCUGAAGAAUUUACACCAUACGAUUACGGCAAAGUUAAUUUGAAUAUAUUUGAAGGAGGAACCUCUAAAGAAGGGAAGAAAAAAGUCUUUGAUCCAAAUGCAGGAAUGCGUAGAAGAGGAAGGGGUAGUAAGGGUUAUAAGCCACAGUUUUCUACAGCUAAAUCACAGAAGAGUUCAACAUUUGGAAAAAUGGACAAAUCUCAAAGACAACAAAUAUGGCCUAAAUAAAAUAUUCAGUCUUUAUA